AUGGAACACUCCUACUCGCGAUUCUCGCCUUUAGCGCAUAUAUUCCAGGUUGCUUCCAAUGCAUUCCGACUUGGGUCCCCAUGGCGUCGUGUGAACGCAGCACACCGUGGCGUUUUACUCCAAAAACUCGCUGAUCUCAUGGAAAGAGAUCGUGUUUAUUUGGCUGUAAAAGCACUCGACAAUGGAAAACCAUACUCAGUCGCAUAUGGCGGCGAUCUUCCACUGGCUAUCGCUUGCUUAAGAUAUUACGCUGGUUGGGCUGACAAAAAUCACGGCAAGACUAUUCCGAUUGCAGGUGAUUACUUUACCUACGCAAGGCACGAGCCGGUAGGAGUAUGUGGACAGAUCAUUCCGUGGAAUUUCCCUAUUCUUAUGCAAGCUUGGAAAAUUGGACCUGCACUUGCGAUGGGUAACGCGGUGGUGAUGAAACCUGCCGAACAGACUCCGCUGACUGCUCUUCAUGUCGCCAGCCUCAUCAAGGAGGCGACAGGCUUCCCAGCUGGAGUAGUGAACCUCAUUCCUGGAUUUGGACCCACCGCUGGCCAUGCCAUCUCUAGCCAUACGGAAGUGGAUAAAGUUGCUUUCACUGGUUCCACCAGCGUUGGACGACUUGUGAUGACUGCAGCUGCUCAAAGCAAUAUAAAGAAAGUGUCACUGGAACUGGGUGAAAAGAGUCCGAACAUCAUAUUCUCCGAUGCUGAUUGCGGCAAAAAGUGGGGCGGCAAAGGGUAUUUCUACGAGCCAACGAUAUUUGCCAAUGUAAAAGACCAAAUGAAGAUCGCACAAGAAGAAAUGGAAGAUCUUGUCGAAACCGCCAACAAUAUCAUCUAUGGUUUGGCUGCUGCUGUAGUAACCAAGGACCUAGACAAAGCACUUCAUGUAGCUAAUAAUAUUCGAGCAGAAACCGUCUGGGUAGAUUGCUUCGAUGUGUUUGACUCUGCUGCACCUUUUGGUGGCUAUAAGCAAUCCGGUCUUGAUCGUGAGCUUGGCGAAUAUGGUCUACAUGCAUAUACGGAAGUAAAGACGGUCACGAUCAAAGUGCCUCAGAAAAACUCAUAGGAACAAUUACGUAGUUUGUAUUCUCGUGAUGAAGACGGAUUCUAUUUAUGAAGAUCUUAUUUGCUAUAUCUCACUUUGUAAAUACUUUACCUCGAAGAUGUGUCAUAAAGAAUUUAUCUAAAAGUUGUAUUGAUCAUAAUAUGGAGG